AUGGAAAAUAUAGGAGCUCCUCCAAUACUUUCUUCAACAAGAUCUUUCAUAGCCCCUCUUCUUAUUUCAAUGUUAGGCAUAGUUUGCACUGCCUUGGCUUUAGUGAUUUACCACUUUAUUUUGUUAAGAUUUUGCAUAAGGAGAAGUAGAUCACAUAUCAGAAACAAUAUUGGACAAUCGUUCCAUGAACCCCAUUUAACCAUUGGCAUAGAGCAGAAGAUUAUUGAAUCAAUUCCUCUCGUUGUUUAUUCGAUUCAUAAACAAGAUUUAUGUCGCGUAGAUCAGAAUGAGUGUGCCGUUUGCUUAGGUGAAUUGGAAGAAGGUGAGAUAGUUCGAUUUUUGCCUAAUUGUAGGCAUAUUUUUCAUGUCACAUGCAUAGACAAGUGGCUUAUUGGCCACAUAAAUUGCCCGAUUUGUCGAUCUCCUAUAAUAGAGACAAUAAACUACGAGGAGAAAGAUAAGCCAGAUGUGACAAUCGUUCCACUACCAUCUAAUUCUCCGCCAUGUGUCAAUGAUGAAAGCAACACGAUUGAUGUUCAAGUUCAAGAUCAAGAUCACAAAAAUCAAGUCAACCUCGAGUAUCGUACUGCUUCAUCAUCUGAUCAGGUACAAUUACCAUCACAAUCUUGUAGGUUGCAUUGCCAUAGUGCAUCAUUGGAAUUGCCUAUGGAGAGAAUUAGAUCAACAGAAAGAAAAUUAGUGAUGGGGUUGAAGAGAUCAUUAUCUAUGGAUCAAACUUUUAUUAUUAUUGAUAGAGAGAAAUUAGAAGACGAAAUCAAGUCAUUUUCAAUAUCUUCUUGUUGCUCUUCAUCAAUGGAGGAAUUAAUCAGAAGCAAUCAACAAGGAACUUUUUAA